AUGAACUGGUCAAGAUACUUGAAUGCAGAAAAUAUAAAGGACAAGAGGUUAGAUCAGUUUUCUACAAAGGUUGAUCCCUCAGACGUACGACACCAAAGAGGUGCUUUCGGUGAGGCAUUUGCUACGCUUGAUCAAUACAAAUACAAGGAUAGCAUGGAGAAAUGGAAGGCGGCUCUUACGGAAGCAGCUGAUUUGUCUGGAUGGACUUUCUCCAAUGGCGAGUACGAGGCUAAAUUUAUCAAGAAGAUUGUUGAGGAGUUGUCCACCCAAGUAGUGAACCCUUCAUGUGAGUUGCAUGUUGCGGAACAUCCCAUUGGAUUAGAGUCUUCUAGAGAAGAUGUCAACAGACUUUUACAGUUCGAGGAAAAUGUUCUUCGUGUGGUUGGUAUAUGGGGGCCUGGUGGAAUAGGAAAGACCACAAUUGCCAAACAUGUGUUUAAUUCAAUUCGCCAUAAGUUUGCAUAUAGUUGUUUCUUGGCAGACGUUAGGUCUAAUUCACAUGACCUAGCCAUCUGCAAGAGAAACUUUUGUCUGAUAUAUUAA